AUGGCGAAACUCACGGACACCUCCAUGCAGCUCGUUCUCCUAUCCCUCGUCUGCCUUUUGCUGCUCUCCCUCGCAUCCGCCGGUCCACCUAAGCGCGGAGUCGCGCGCACGCGCCAGGCGCACGAGGAGUACCGCCGUCAGCGCCAGCUGAACGACAUCGAAGAGCGCCCUGGGCGCCCGCCUCUCCACAUGUUCGAAACGAAGGCGCAUCACGAGAAGGAAGAGCGCGAAAAGGGCGAAUCCGGGAGCGACACUUCAAGCGCUCCGAUCAAAUACCUAGGCGGGCCCGUGAUGACCGGAAACCCGUCCGUCAACGUGUACAUCAUCUACUACGGCAGCUGGCCGGAAGGUUCGGGGCAGAAAGUGAUCGAGAAUUUCAUCAAGUCGCUGAGCAAGGACUCGAAGCGGCAGGGGGAUCCUGCAGAGCCCAAGGUGAAGCGCUGGUGGGCGAUCAGCACGGCGUACACGCAACAGGUGGAUGGCGCGCCGACGAACGUCAGCACGAAGGUGCGCCUCGCGGGGACCGUCUACGACAACUACUCAGCGGGAAAGAGUUUUGCCGACGGCACAGUCUGGAACGGUACCUGCCCCGACGGUUGCGGGGCGCAGAGCACGUCGCCCAACGGGAACCCUGCGAUCGACGCGACGGUUUCUACCAUCGCUCAUGAAAUUGCGGAAGCAGCAACCGACCCGGAUGCUGCGAACGGGUGGAUGGACGAUAGCGGCGAAGAGAAUGCGGACAAGUGCUCGUACGACGUUGGUACGACGAAACCGGGUCAGAAUGACCGCGGGGAAACGUUUGAGUACAAUCUGGUUGGAAUGAAGAACAUGAAGUUUCUGGUGCAGCGGAACUGGGAUCGGGUGAAGAACGAGUGCGCGGCGCAAAGGAAGUUCCACGACUGA